UAGGUAGCAUGUUUGGCGCGGCGCUUUGCAGCGCUGACGUCACUCGCGACGGUCUCGCUGACCUCCUGGUCGGUGCGCCGGCGCAGCACCGCUGGGCACAGACUAUGACACCGGCGCUGUGCAGAUUUAUACUAAAUCGAUUAAUAUUUACGAUAAUAAGACAGUCGAGAUGGGCUUAAUAUUGACAGUUUGGGGAGUGAAGAGCGGCUCACGUUUCGGAACUACUUUGUCCACUAACGAUGUCAACGGCGACUCUUAUCCUGAAAUAAUUGUCAGCGCGCCAUUCGAAAAGUCAGGAGGAGUGUUAUACAUUCUGUGUGGAUACGCCAUACGUGAGACUAUCAAAAACAAACGAGAUACGGUAUCAGUGUCAGAACUGGCCAGAACACAAAGGAUCGAGAAGAGCAAGUCUUUUGGGUUUAGUUUACAGCCAGUUGCUGAUUAUAACGACAAUGGGAGCGAUGAACUUGCGGUUGGUGCUCCGGAAGAAUCCACCGUUACAAUGUAUAGUGGAAUCCGGGCCAUUACAGUAAAUGUCACUUCUGAAUUUACAGAUUAUGCGACAAAGACCAACACUGAAUUUGGCUUUGCUUCGUGCGUCACAAUUGACAAGCCUAAAGAACCUAAAGAAAUUAAAAUGCAGUUAUUGGUUAAAAAUGUAUUGACUGGCGAUAAGGCUGUUUUUAAAAGCAACGAAAACGGUAAAACGAAACAAAUGACAAACGUUAAAUUAUACGAGAUAUCUCCAACAGAUAAGCCUACACUUAUUAAUGGGACUAUGCACCGAUAUUGUCGGGAAUACCUUAUUACGAACUGUUUCUCCUGUAAGGUCAACACAACAGUCUCUUUGGCGGAGGAUAUUGAGACUUUGAAAGAGUUCAAAAACUCUUGGGUGACAAUAAGCCCGCAGAGUAGCCUGAGUAAAGUGACUCAGCCGCAGUGCAACUGUGGCGGAGUGCCUUGCAAGCCUGAAUACUCUGUGGAAAUGCUAUGGUCUGGAAAAAGUGGCAAAAUUCACCAAUACGUCGUCGGUUCAUCCGAUAUGGAGACAGUGACGAUCGUAGUAAGCAAUAAUGGUACGAUGGGGUGCGGUGCGUGCGUGAUCGUGCAUGUAAGCGGCACGCUUCUGCAUACUCUGCCUUGUGCGAAGGAAAAGGGGUAUUACAAGUGCGAGCUACCGUCGCCUUUUCGCACUGGUACCAAUAAAACUAUAGACGUUCAGCUCCAGACAAACACCCUGAACCUUGAAGAAAAGGGAGUUACAGUCGACGUGGAAGUGCGCAAGGAAUGCAGCAAACCGGACGGUGUGCAGUCCUCUCUGGCGCUCGGUUACGAUUUCAGAAAUGUACUCGAAAACGUUGCUAUUCACGGGUCUACUUUAAAUCGAGUAAUAUCUGACGCAGAAUUAGAAGAUCCAAAGGAAGAUAAGUUGUCAGUGGAACAAACCUAUACUAUUUAUAACAACCAGACAUUUCAAUGGAAGAAGGUGUUCGUAAUGAUAGACGGAAUGGACAACACGUAUAUAGAGAAAUCUUUGAUAAGGGUUAGCCAACCGAACAAAUGCUCAGGGAAAUUGAUAAACAUUUGGAAAUGUUCAAUUACAUUGCCAUCGAACUCUACGACGAUAAUAACGGUGUCUUCAACCAUUGUCAAAAAUAAGCUAGCGAUAUUCCUGAAGAAAGAUACCACAAAAAUAACAUCAAAACUGAAACUGCAGUUACUACCCGACGUAACUAAAGAUAAAUCAGUGACUACAGAAAUAACGCUGGAAGAAAAGCCGAAAAGCCCAAUGGGAACCAUUUUGAUCGCCAUCUUCGUGGCCUUGCUUCUGUUACUCAUCAUAGGAUUUAUACUUUACAAGUUGAACUUUUUUAAAAGGAAAACGAAGGAAGAGCUGGAAGUGCUGAAAAAUGAAAUGAGACGACAGAGUACGCGGGGUGGCACUCCAGUCGACAUCCCAACUCAACCAGCAGUGGAUCCAGCAGUAAGAGUACCAGAUCAUGACUUUGAUAUGGUGGACCUGAUAGUGGACGAGACUCCGUUGGCUAAGUCAUUGUCUUCCGAUCAGCUAAACUCUAUAGCGGCCAACCCGAACUCGGUGAAGUUAGAGGACUGUCCGAAAAAACAGGAUUUCGAUGAAAAAGAUGGCUUUACGCAUGUGCAUUAACUGCUAUACGUUUUUAAGUAAUAUACCAAUAUCAAUUUCGACGGUCGGACUAUUGGAUAGUGCCUGCUAAGUUGGUGGGCCUGAGUUCGACACCGUAGUAUAAGAUGUUGCGUCCCAAUAAACAAAAAUAAUAA